AUGACAAGACCGCCAGUAACGCUUCAAGACGCUGACCGCAUUCUGGAAAAGACCGUCUCCUUCCCAACCCAGGGAGCAGUCUUCGAACGCCUCGAACCAAUCACAGACUUCCGCAAAGACGACGAUGAAGCACGAAUAGUAUAUCUAUGUCGAAAAGUGCAGCAGGAAGGGCUCGAGCCAGUGGAGAGUGGGCUUUUUAUAUUGAAGUGCAAAGUGCAGUGCGCUCAGUCCAUACCAUCUCCACCAUUGUCAUGUCUUCUGACCAUCCAUCCCAGAGCACCCUCCCAACUAGCAGGCGGCCUAACAACCCCGAUCGCCGGCCCAAGCAAAUACACAGUCUCAGAAAUCGAAGCUCUCCGCCUCUUCGCAGACAAACAAGCCCCUUCAGUCCCCCACCUAAUUGCAUGGAAAACAGCAGUCCAGGGCAGCGAUGGUCUGAUGCCGGAUGGCUACAUUGCCUACACGGUAAUGACACUCCUCUCUGGGAAUCACCUCAUGGAUCUCAAGUUCUGGAGUAUGGACGAUGCCGAGAAAGAAGAGAUUCGGACCGCGUUUCCAGUAGUGCUGAAAAGUGUCUGGCAAUUAGGGAUCGAUCCGUAUGAUUGUGCGUUGCGAAAUGUUAUGUGGGAUCAGAAGAGGAGAGUGUUGAGUCUUGUGGACUUUGAGCACUGGAGACCGAACGAGAAGGAUCCGGUGAAUAUGACUGAGCGCGAGGAACUGAUCAAAUGGGGCUUACAGCAUUCGCCACCGCAUGCAUUCCAUUGGCAGGCAUUCUUUGCAGCGGAGACACAAUUGCAUUGA